AUGGUCGCUGAUUCGUCCGACAACAACCCGAAGGGCAACGGUGGUGCGGAGAAGAAGGAGCGCACCGCGGGCCAAUUCUUCCAUGUGGGAGACAAGGGGGAGCAAGGAGACGCAUCUGCCAAGGUUGGAGCAGAGCUGCACCCCCUGGACUAUUGGGUGUUGGACACGGGCGCUGCAUGGACGAUGACGCCGCGCAAAGACCUGCUGGACGACGUACGCGCUGCACCGAUUAACGAGGUGUGCUCCGCCUCUGGACACUCGCUGAAGGUGGCUGGUGCGGGACGAGCUGCGUUUAAGGGAGCGGAUGGCAAGCCGGUGGUGCUGCACGACGUUCUCUUCGUCCCCGACCUGAAGGCCAACCUUAUCUCCCUCCGUAAGCUUGGCAAGGCUGGGGUGAACACCAACACGGAUGGGGCACGCACUUAUAAGGGGAAGCUGGGCAAUCGGGUGCUUUGGGAUCUGCACGAGAGCAAGGACGUGUACAGAUCUAUGUGGCAGCUGCCGGCCCUGGCGUGGCAUGGUGGGGGGCAGGCUGGAGAGGGGUCUGCAUCCCAGGGGGAGUGCAAUGCCGUUGGAGGGGUUGGUGUGAAAGUGUCGGCCAGAUCUGGGGAGACAGAUUGGGCAACGGCACACCGGCGCUUAGGGCAUGUGGCAAUGCCUUUGCUGAAGCAGCUGGAGAAGGACGGAGCCGUUAAGGGUCUGAAGCUGAACGGACAGCCACCCGAUGACAACUGUGAAAUCUGUUUGCUUUCAAAGUUCACCCGUUUCCCUUUCCAUAGUGUGGCUGGCAGGAGCAAGAAGCCUUUAGAGCUGGUCCACAUGGACUUGAGCAGGCUGAUGUGGGCGUAUCCGCUGAAGCAGAAGGACCACGCCGCCUCCACGAUACGGGACGAUUGGCUGCCAUUCGUGGAGAAGCAGGCGGAGUGUGUAGUGAAGCGGAUUAGGACAGACCGGGGUGGUGAGUUCCUUGGAGCUGAAAUGACGGCCUGGCUCAAGAAGCAGGGCAUCCAGAGAGAGCUGACCACGGCUUAUACCCCACAGUCCAAUGGUGUAGCAGAACGGGCAAACCGGACCAUUCUGGAGACAGCUAGGGCGCUGCUCAUAGAAUCUGGGCUGAGCAAUUCUAUGUGGCCUCAUGCUGUCCGGCACGCCACUGUCGCUAGGAACAGGGUGCUCACCAAGGUUGGGGAUGACUCGUGGGUGCCGUUGGAGAGGUGGCUUGGGAGGAAGCCGCCGGUGGACAUGCUGAGGGUGUUCGGUUGCAUGGCAGUCGCCCACGUCCCCAAGACCUACCGCAGUAAGUUGGGGGCGAGUGCAAUCUGGUGUGUGCAUUUGGGGCUGGCUGCUGAGAGCAAGGGAUGGCUGCUGUGGGAACCAUCCAAAGGUGUGUUGUUUGACAGCAGGGAUGUGAAAUUCAUUGAGGGCAUGAUGUAUGGGAGCUGGGAGAAACAGCCGGAGGCAAGGGUGUCCCAGCAGAUGGAGCAGAUCACCAUGCAGCUGGACCUGACUCCUAGUGUGUGGGAGGAGGGAGAGGAGGCAGCUGCUGGAAAUGGUGAUGGAGAGAAGGUACAAGAGGCAUCUGCUGGUGGAGAAAAUGGUGUGGAAACUGGCGGCAGCACUAGUGGAGCUGCUGGACCCGAGGGAGGAGAGAAGCAGCAGGGAAAAACUAAGAAGCCGAAGGGUGUCGUUAUGAAGGGAUGGGAGACACCCGUCUCCAGGCCAGGACGUACCCGUAUGGCUACUAAGAAGCUGACUGCAGGAUCAGGUGUAGCAGAGCAGCAGCUUGGGACCGAGGAGGCAAUGCUGAUUCUACCUCAUGGCUAUGACCCGGAUGAGGAGGACGAGCCUGCGUACUGUUUUCUUGCCCCUGCACCAGAGGAACCAGCUAGCAUGGAGGAGGCAUUAGCUGGACCAGAUAGGGACAAGUGGCUGGCUUCUAGGGAUGCUGAGUACCAGAGCCUGCUGGAGAAUGGGACUUGGGAACUAGUGGUGCUGCCUGAGGGAAAGAAAGCGGUACAAUGCAAGUGGGUGCUAAGGAUCAAGACCGAUGACAAGGGGCAGGUCACCAUCUACAAGAGUAGGCUGGUGGCGAAGGGGUUUAUGCAGAAGGAGAAGCAGGACUUCAACGAGAUCUUUGCUCCCACUGCCAAACCCCCUACCCUCCGUGUCUUGUUGGCAGAUGCAGCCGUUACGGGGAAAUUCAUCAUUCAGAUGGAUAUUUCAACGGCAUUCCUGAAUGAGAUUUUAGAGGAGGAUGUGUACAUGACGCAGCCGCCUGGGUAUGAGGAUGGUACGGGCAGGGUGUGCAAGCUCAACAAGUCCAUCUACGGCUUGAAGCAGGCGCCACGCUGCUGGUACCAGAAGUUGGCAGCUGUUUUGGAGGAGAUGGGAUUCAGGACCAGCAGCUGUGAUGAGAGCCUCUUUCUCAAGGGCGAGGGGGAGAAGCUGGUGCUGUUUCUGGUCUAUGUGGACGACAUUCUUCUCUUCAGCAGCAGCAUGAAGGAGAUCCAGAAAGUACAGCAGCAACUGAUGGAAAACUUCAAGUGCAAGAACCUUGGGGAGGUAAAGUACUACCUCGGGAUGCACGUGGAGAGGGAUCCAGAUCACAGGUGGUUGAAGCUGCACCAGGAGAAGUUCAUCAAAGAGCUGGGGGAGAAGUAUGGGAUUGAGAAUGAGCGCAAGGUUGCAACUCCCCUGCCAGCAGAAUUCAAGCUUGUAAAGGCUGCAGAGGAUGAAGGGGUUGAAGCCAAGGAGCAGCAGUUCACACGAGGCCCGACAUCUCUUUCUCGGUUGGGCAGCUGGCUAGGGUGGUGCAGAAUCCAUCAGAGGAGCAGGUGGAUGCAGCUGAGCGUGUGGUGA